AUGACUCCCUCUAUCAUUAUCUCUCAGACUACCACCCACACAUUUAGAACUUGAUUCCCUAUGCAACUUGACAAUAUUUAAGAUAUUUCCCUAAGCAAUCUCUACCUUGAACGAACCUUUCUACUUACCACCCAACUUCACACGAUCCACGCCUUCGUCUUUCCUCUAGCCAUCUCUGUCCCACGUUGUGCUAACAUCAACAAGGCCACCUUCAGUAUUUCUAGACAGUGACUGCCAGCAUAUUAGUCACGAUGCCUGUUCCUCAGAACAAAACAAACUUCCGCACUUACGAGUCUAGUGUACGUCUGCUCGCAGCUGUGCUUGCUACAGCUAAGCCGAAGCUCAACUAUGCUGACCUCGCAGCCCAUAUGGGCGGAGGUGCAACCGCAUCCGCCGUAGACCAUCGCUUGCGUCCCGUCAAGCAACUAGCCAAGAUGCAAGUUGCCUUCAAGGAAGCGAAGAAGGAUCCGGGCGAGUUGCCUGUCGAUACCCUAGAGAUACAGAAGCUGUACGGCGAGUCAACGGCCGCCGGAAUCGAAUGGCAGUUCCGCGAGAUCAAGGCGCUAGGCAGAGCACAGCAGGCGGCCGUCGACCAGGGUGAGAACCCCGCUGACCUGAAGGUCGGCCCCAGAGCCAAGGCGGGACCAACCGCCUCGACCCCAGCUACGGCCAAGAAGACUCGCGGAGGUGACACCCCCGGCUCGAAGCGCAAGCGUGCCGGCAAGGCCAAGAUGUCUGACGACGACAUGGAUGACGAGUCGGAGUCCAACUACGACAUGAAGGACGUUCACUCGGAUGAAGAGUCCAAGUCUCCGGCCCCAAAACGUCGCAGCACCAUCGUAGCCAAGGCCAAUGCCGCGAAGGGCAGUGCCACCAAAGCCAGCACCAGCAAGGCUAGUACUUCUAAGACUGCCACUCCCAAGGAUGCCACCACCCCCGCCGCAAAGAAGAAUGGCAAUGCUCAGAGCACCAAGAGCACCAACGGCGUUGUUCGCAACCUUUUCCCCUCAAGCAACGGCAAGAAGUCGACCGGCGGCUCCCUGUUCGGCAGCGGCGUGAAGCGUGUCGGAGCCAAGAACGACGUCCAGGUUAUAGAAGACUCCGAGGACGAUGAGGCUCAGAACGACAAAGCCGACCGCAAGAAUCCCCAGCGCUCCUGUCGCAUCAAGGAGGAGGCCCAGGAUCUCGACCCGGAUUUCGUCGAUGGGUCCGGAUUUAACGACGACGCUACCUCGUCGAACGCUCUGAGCGACCUGGGUUAUCUCGACGAGCUCGACGACGGCGAGGUUUGAAGUACGCUCCUGUUCGAGCUACUCACUCCACGGAGAUACGAGGACGCGCAAGGACUUACUCUACUCGGCGUUGUGGCUUCUGCUUUGCUUUGUUUCCUAAUAUUACUCGACGCCAUCAUGCGGGGUGGCUAUCGCUAUUAAAAUGUCUCACAUCGGCGGAAGGGGAGGGCCCUUAGCCGUAAUCGUACCACGCCACCAAAGAUCCAUCAAUUCCCUUUUUCCUUACACUCUCUCGUUACCGAAAAAAAGGAAAAGGUGUGGUGAUAAAAGGACAAUUUCACGAGACAAGAAAGACAACGAAAAUGUGAUUUACGGACCCGGAAUGACGCGGGUUGAUGACCACCUAGCUUAAAGGGUGGCGGUGGAGCAGGAAGG